AUGACCAACGGCUAUCUGCUGCUGCAGUGUGCUGCUGCUACUGUGGCUCCCUUGUGCUGCCGCUGCACAGCGGCGACCAGAGCAGCAGCAGCAGCAACAGCAGCAGCAGCAGCGAAGGACUCAGCAGCAAAUUUACACGUCAAUACAGGGUGCGUAGGCAGAAGAUGUAAGGAUCUGCAGCAGUGGCGCAGCGCAGCGUCUCCAGUUGCUGCUGCUGCUGGUGGUGCCGCACCAUCCCGUGUUCCCACUGUUCCUGUUGUUGCUAGCAGCUUGUCGGGCUUAAGGCAGCUGGUGACUGCAGCAGCAGCAGCAGCAAAAGCAGGAGGUAGCACUUCGGAUAGUCGGCAGCAGCAGCAGCUGCAGGAGCAGCCAACGCAAGCAGCUGAAGGAGCAGCAAUUGAAGCAUCAGCACCAGUAGCAGAAACUAGAGCAGCAGAACGAGCAGCAGGAAAAGGAGCUUCCGGACUGCAGCAGCAAAAUGCGGCAGCAGCUACAGCGGCGCCAAAGAAGCUUAAGAAAAAAGAGCAGUUUGCUGCAGCUGCAGCACCUGCUGCAGAAACAGUAGCUGCUGCUGGUGGUGCUGCUAGAGAGAGAGGAGCAGCAACAGCAGAAGAUUCGUCUGCUCCCAAAGGGCGAGCAGCAGCAGCAGCAGCACUAGAGACCGCAGCAGCAAGUGCCGCGGCUCCUGCAAUAGCAGGAGCCGCAAGGGCAGCAGCAGGAGGCGCAGCAGACGCAGCAACAGACGCAGCAGCGGACGCAGCAUCACCCGCAGCAGCAGCUGCAGGAUCAGCAGCAACAGCAGGUGCAGCAGCAGCAGCAGCGGCAGCAGGUGGCGCCCGUUUGUCUGUGUACGAGCGCUUCCCGUCGAUGGCAGCAGCAGCAGCAGAAGCACCUUUAAAAGUCUGUCUUUCUCGUUUUGCUGCUGCAGCAAAGCAGCAGAACAAAAAGACAAAAGCAGAAGCCUGGUCUUCUUACGAGGGCUGGCCUCCUCGCUCCAGAAUCCGCAUUGGAGACGAACACUCCAGGUUUGGCCCCCUGGGGCGGGAGUUGUUUGUGUUUAGCAGAGCCACAGGCGGGGGUUUAAAGCGCGAAGCAGCUUUAGGGUUUUGCUGCAGCAAAAGGCUCGUGCUGCUGCUGAGUCUGGAGGAGUUUGAGGCCCUCGUGCUGCUGCUGCCUUGGAUUAAACACCAGCUCGCAGAGACCAAGAAGCUCAUCUAA